GGAUAUAGUUGCAGCGAUGUACUAUCACGUAAACUGCGUAGGGAGGACUGUCAUGCGUUGCUACGACGUGAGCUUAGAAGCCGCGUAAAUAUGGCUGCAACAAUAGCGAGCGGUUAGUAUUGUCCAGUGUAAUGAGCACACAUGAUGAUCGUGAUUGUUCUUGUUGGUGUACGGUGAUGAAAUCCAUGUGUCAUCGGCGAGGAUGAGCGAAAGAAAGUUUACCCGUGGCCUGGGUAAACCGGGCAUGGCCGCUCAAUUACGAGAGACCGUCUCACAGGUAGUACGCGAGAGCACCGUACAGAACAAACCACAUUUAGUAGAACCCAUAGAUUUUGAAAAUUUUGUACUAAAAAAUAAAACUUUAUUACAAAAUGACCCUCAAAGAGAACUUCUACUAUAUCCUCAAGAUGAUGUUUCACAAGUGGUAUUACCUAGAAGGUACCGUACUUUAGUACCGAUUGUGCCACAAAUUUCAAGUAAUGAGGAAGGAGAGAAUCUACUUACAAAAGAAUGUUUAAGAAGUUAUACAUCUAAUUGGAAUCUCAUACAUUACAAAUAUUCAGCAUACAGUGGAACUUAUCUUGAAUUACCUAAGAAUUAACAAAAAGUAAUGGAAUAACAAAGGAGGGCUACUUAAUGAAAGGUCCAGAAAUUGGUAGUAGUGAUCGUAUGUUUGCAAAUAUUGGUUCAAAAUCAUUCAAGAGAAGAUUCUGUCAUUUACGACAAGAAGUUGACGGCACAUACAUUCUUGAGCUUUUUAAGGAUGAAAAGAAGGGUGAAGCUAAACUGACAAUAGUAAUGGAUUUUUGCACUGAAGUUGUUAGGAAUCCAAAACGUGGAAGAUAUUGUUUUGAAUUAAGAAUGAGUGGGACUCACAAAUCAUAUACUUUAGCAGCAGACAAUGAGACAGAUAUGCAAGAUUGGUUAUUAAAAUUAAGUUCAGUAUUACAACAUUAUAAACAACAAGAAGAAAAACGUGCUGCUUCAUUAGAAAGAGCAUGCAAUACACCUCCUCCUUCUCCUCAACCUAUGCAGGUUUAUGGAACACUCAAAGGCUUGGAACAAAGCAUGAAUCCACAAUUGAUAAAAUAUUCUAGGGAAACAGAUACUAGUAUAGCAUUAGCGAGGCGAGAAAGUCGUAAACAACUGUUUAAUAUUUACCCUCAUAUUGCACAUAAUAAACAACAAUCAGGCAAUAAUAAUGAACAGAAUAUUGAUCCAUACAGAGAACAAUUUGGACAGAGAAUUUUUGUAAAAUGUGAAAGUCUUAAAUUUAGAUUACAAGCACCAAUAGAUGAAAAGGAAUCAUUAUGUCAAGUGGAACCAUAUCAAACUACAUUAAGUCUUUAUGAUGCAAGAAAUGGCAGAAAAUUAACUGAGAAUUUUCAUUUUGACAUUAAUCAUGAAGUUGUUCAAGAAAUGGUAAAAGAACUAAGUCCUGUAGGAAUUAUGACAGAAUCUACAGAAAAUAUUAAAUUACCAAAUGAUUUGAAAACUAUACCAUUAGAUUGGAUUAAAUAUCCAAAACAGGCCAUAUUUAGUAUUAGUAAUCCUCACCCUGACAUAUUCUUGGUUGUAAGAAUAGAUAAAAUAUUACAAGGAAAUAUAUGUCAAACUUCUGAACCAUAUUUAAGAGCUACAAAAGAUCCACGAUUAGGUUUAAAAGUACAUAAACAAGUUAGAGCAUGUUGUCAAAGAUUGGGAAAUUAUAGAAUGCCAUUUGCUUGGGCUGCUAGACCACUAUUUAGAUUAUACAGUAACGAAUUGGAUACAUCAUCAGACUUUCCUGCAAUAUAUAGGCAGGAGGGAAAUAAAAUAAAAGAUGAAGAAUUACUCAAACUUCUUUCAGAAUAUAGAAAAUACAUUGUUUACAUCUUUAGCAGCUUUAAAACCAUUUCCAUUACCGCCAAUAUCUGAAGCAACUCUUGAGAUUGCAGAAUUUGAAAGUACUUCAGAGAAAGAUGUUCAUCCAUACACAACUUAUAUUAAUCAUCUUUAUGUGUAUCCGCAAACUCUCAGCUUUGACACUCAAAAAAUAUUCACUAGAGCUAGAAACAUUGCAUGUAUUGUUGAAUUACGAGACGAUGAUUGCGAAAAUGCUACACCUUUAAGAUGUAUAUAUGGAAGACCUGGUGCUCCACUUUUAUGCUUACGAGCAUCUUGCGCAGUUUUACAUCAUAAUGCAGUUCCUUCUUGGUAUGAAGAAAUUAAAAUACGACUUCCAUCGAAACUUCAUUCCAAGCAUCACUUACUUUUUUCUUUUUACCACAUAAGUUGUGAUAUGAAUAAGAAAAAAGAAAAUGGUAUUGAAAAUUGUGUUGGUUAUGCUUGGUCUCCAUUAUUGUAUAAAGGAAGAUUAAACGUGGAUAUGGAUAUGAAUAUACAAGUACUACCUGUAGCAACACAUUUACCACCAGGAUAUCUUUCAAUACAACCUCUUGGACUAGGAAAAGGGAAUGCUGGACCGGAAAUUAUAUGGGUUGAUUCUCAACGACCAGUAUUUACAGUAGCGUUUCAGUUGAUUUCAACUGUUUUUACACGUGAUGUACACUUGCAUAAUUUAUUUGCUCACAUGGAACGCAUCCUAGAUACAAAACUAGGAGUAGUACCAGCAGAUUCGGAAACAUGCAAAAUAUUAAAAGCUGCUCAUGCAGUACAAUUAGUUACAGUUAUUACAUUUCUUCCUACUAUAUUGAAUCAGCUAUUCGCAUUAUUAAUUUGUACUACAAAUGAAGAAGUUGGAUUGUAUAUUAUAAGAGUUUUAGUACAUUUUAUAAAUAUGGUGCAUGAAGCUGGUAGAAAAGAAAUACUUCAAGCUUAUAUUAAGUUUGUUUUCGUGCCACCCUCUCAAGGAAACGGUAUUGUAACAGUUCAUGAACAACUAGGGAAACAUCUUCCUAUAUUAUUGCAACCAAGUAAUACUGACUUUCUAGUAGUAAAUAAGUUUAUGCAUCAUUCCAGUUUCUUUUUUGAGAUAAUGAUUAAAAGUAUGGCGCAACAUUUGCUUUCGACAGGAAGGAUAAAAAUGCAUAGAAAUGAAAGAUUUUCAAAAGAAUACCAUGAAAAAAUUCGAAGUUUAGUGGAUGUUAUUAUGCCUUAUCUCAUGAACAAAUAUAAAGAAAUGCCGGUUGAAACACAUGAAUUAAAUAAAAGUCUUGCACAAUUUUUAAAACGAUGUCUUACAUUCAUGGAUCGAGGAUUUGUUUUCUGUUUAAUAAAUUCGUAUAUGGACAACUUCUCUCCUGGAGAUCAACGUACACUACAUGACUUCAAAUUUACAUUUUUGCAAAUAAUUUGUUCACAUGAACAUUAUAUAUCUUUCAAUUUACCAAUGAUGCAUUCUCGAAUUACUUCAAGAGAUUUAAUAAAUGAAUAUUGUUUGUCAGAAGAUUUUUGCAAACAUCAUUUCUUAGUUGGACUAUUAAUGCAAGAAGUUAAAACUUCCUUAAAUGAAAUUGUACAAAUUCGUAAAGUGGCAAUAGCUACAUUAAGAGAUUUAAUGGCAAAGCACGAACUUGAUGAUAGAUAUCAGAAUAAGGGUCAAUUAAGUAGAAUAGCAUCCAUUUAUAUACCAUGGUUAAGUAUUGUAUUAGAAAAUCUGCAUCGGUUGCAAUCAAUACAUGAUAACAAUAAGACAGAAAUUAAACAAAAUGGUAUCAACAGAAUAUCAACUAGCAGUUCAUUUCUGGCAAAUAAAGAUACUGUCAGUACUACUGCGACCACUGGAACUCCAAAGUCAAUACAUAGGCUUACAUUACAUUUGGAGACUCAAUCUCCAAUAAGGGCAUCUAUGCAUUUACGAGAUUCUACGUACUUCGCAGCCAUAGCAGGCCAGGGAUUAGUUAAUGGAUAUUCUUGUACUAGCAUAGAAUCAGAUACUUCAACAAUAUCUGGUAUUUCUCAAUCGAAUAUAUCACAAGAAACUACUAUUGUUCGUGAACCUACCGAAAAUGGUACUGGAGAAAGAAAAAGACAUUCUCGUUCUUUAAGUGUUACACAGUCAUCACCUAGAUGUGAUAAAUUACAAUCAUCAGAAGUUAAAGAUAUUUUACUUUGUUUUCUGUUUGUAAUAAAAUAUUUAGGUGAUCAUCAAGUUAUUGCUUGGUGGCAACAAUGCAGUGACUGUGAAAUUUUAAGUUUCUUUACAAUAAUAGAAAUGAGCCUUCAUCAUUUUAAAUAUGUUGGAAAAAGACAAAUAGCUACAAAUAUGACAAAUAAUUCUGGAAAACCUCGAACAGUGAAAGCAAUGACGCUACCAGCCAGAAUGGCACCUCCUGAUUUUUCUAAUGAAGGACCCAUUACUAGUACUUUGCAACCACAUAAUACUACUGUACGAGAAAAUCUUGUUGAAAGUGACAGUGGAAAAAUGCAUCAAGCUUUGUUAGAAGCGAAUAUGGCGACAGAAGUUGGUUUGAUUGCAUUGGAUUGUUUAGGAUUAUUUUGUAUUCAUUUUAAGGAUGUACUUUUAACAACAGAUGGUGAUAAUCUCAUAAUGCAAAAAGUAUUUAGUAUAUACUUGUCAUUUUUGCAAGUUGGACAAUCUGAAACUUUAUUACGACAUGUUUUUGCCAGUUUCAGAGCUUUUCUAAAUAAUUAUUCUAUAAUUCUGUUUCAAGGAAAUGCCGUUUUAUGUGGACGUUUAUGUUACGAAUUAUUACGUUGUUGUAAUAGUAAGUUAAGUUCUAUUAGACAAGAAUCUUGUGCUUUACUUUAUCUUCUUAUGAGAAGCAAUUUUGAAUUUACUAGUAGGAAGGGUUUAACUAGGGUUCAUUUACAAGUAAUAAUAUCUGUUUCGCAAAUGCUUGGAAACGUUAUUGGAUUAAAUAAUUCAAGAUUUCAAGAAUCGUUAUCAUUAAUAAAUAGCUAUGCUUCUUCUGAUAAAGUGAUGAAAGGUACUGGUUUUCCAGUAGAAGUUAAAGAUCUUAAUAAAAGAAUUAGGACCGUUUUAAUGGCCACAGCUCAAAUGAGAGAACAUAAUAAUGAUCCCGAAAUGUUGGUGGAUUUACAACAUAGUUUGGCUAAUUCUUAUGCCAGUACACCUGAAUUGAGACAUACAUGGUUAGAAACUAUGGCUAGAAAUCAUGCAAGAGAUGGGAAUUUUUCAGAGGCUGCUUGUUGUCAAUUACAUAUUGCCGCAUUGAUAGCAGAAUAUUUAAAAUUGAGAAAAGUUCAUACAUGGGGAGCAGAAGCCUUUGAUAAGAUUUCUGAAAACAUUUCUAGAGAUGAAUGCAGUCUUAAACUUGAUGCUGGUGUGCAAGAUAUUCAUUACAACGAGUAUAUACUUCUUGAACAAUUAGAACUUUGUGCUGAGAUGUUAGAAAAAGCAGAACGAUUUGAACUUCUUGGACAUUUGUAUAGAUUAAUAGUUCCUAUACAUGAAGUAAAAAGAAAUUAUGAAGCUUUAGCAAAUUGUUAUUCCCAUUUGGCACAAGCCUGUAAUAAAAUUGUUGAAGUUACAAAGUCCGGAAAAAGACUUCUUGGAAGAUUUUAUAGAAUUGCAUUUUUUGGUUUGGCAUAUUUUGAAGAUGAAAACGGACAAGAAUAUAUUUAUAAAGAACCAAAAGUUACAUCUUUAUCUGAAAUUUCAGAACGUCUCCAUCAUUUAUAUUCUGAAAAAUUCGGCUCAGAAAAUGUUAAAAUGAUAAUGGAUUCUAUACCUAUCGAUAUAACUGAACUAGAUCCAAAAAUAGCAUAUAUUCAAGUAACACAUGUUACACCUUAUUUUGAAAAAUAUGAAUUAGAAACUCGACAAACAGAGUUUGAACAAAAUCAUAAUGUAUCAUGUUUUAUGUUUGAAACUCCAUUCACUAAAGAAGGGAAAGCAAGAGGUAUUCCAGAAGAACAGUGGAAACGUAGAACAAUACUUACAACACAAUAUUCUUUCCCAUAUAUUAAAAAACGUAUUCUGGUAGUUGAAAAACGAAUAAUGGAACUGAGUCCAAUUGAAGUCGCUCUAGAUGAAAUGCGACAGCGUGUCCAAGAAUUAGAAGAUGUAGCUCUUAUAGGUCCAACAGAUGUAAAAAAAUUGCAAUUAAGAUUACAAGGAAGUAUAUGCGUUACAGUAAAUGCUGGACCACUCGCAUAUGCUUCUGCAUUUUUAGAUCCUGCACUUUCUCCACAAUAUCCAGAUGAUAAAGUUGAAGAAUUAAAAGAUGUCUUCCGAGAAUUUGUUAAAAUAUGUUAUACAGCUUUGCAGAUAAAUAGCAAAUUAAUUACAUCCGAUCAAUACGAAUAUCAAGAAGUAUUACGAGAAAAUUAUCAAAAGCUUUGUCAAAAUUUGUCGUCAUUACUUGGAGAACCUAUUUGGCCUGAUGAACAAAUUGGAAAUUUUAAACGUAAUAGUGCUGCUUUAUUUAGUGCUAUCAGUGGUGCUAGUAAUCAUACAAGUACAGCUUAAAAUAGGAGAAAUCAUUUGCAAUUGAAGUAGCUUUAUUUUUAAUAUACUUUUUCUUAUAAAUGAUUGAUAACAAAUUGAGUUAUAUUAACCCAUGAUUAAUCUACAUAUAUAUGCUCAAAAGUACUUUCAUUAUAAAUGAUGAAUUAAUAAAUAUUGCCAUUAUAAUUGUAAGCAAGUACAUACUACUACGUACUACAUCUACUUAAAUUUUUUAAUUGUUAUAAUCAAAUUUAUUUCUUUUUAUAGACUAUGAGUAA